AUGCUAGAUUUUCUCGACACGAUUAACAAAUACACUUUACGAAGCGGGUCGGUUACACAUAUUGGGGGAAAAAUUAGCAAAAAAUGUGCAGCACAGCUCGUAGGUUCGUUGGUGCUGCAAGGCCGAUUGAAUCAUUACUGUGCAGCAUUGGCUGCACAGUUUAUGGUAUCUUCUGAGGUUCUCGUUGUCGCUUCGCGUGAUGCCGUUCAGGGAAUAUCAUGCGAGGGUUGCACACUAGAACGGCAAAAUUUAUCUUCCGUUCCUGAUACGGGGGAGAUAUUUGGUGUUGCUACAACUGGAAAUAAUGUAGUUGUUGGUUAUAGUGCUGGUGUGGCGAUGUUUUCCUGCAAGUUGGAGUUGGAGAAAAUUUAUACCUUAAGCGAGUACACUAAUAGCAUUCUCGGUAUUGCGGUUACACCUGAUGGAAGCUGUUUGGCCACAGGUGGAGCAAAUGCAAUUGUUACGGUAUGGUCACGCGAUAUGAACCCAGUGCAUUACCUUGCUGGUCACACAGAUUGGGUUCGUUUUGUUAAGUUUACAAUAAUGGACGGCCGCGGAUUAGAGUUGUUUAGUACCGGUGACGAUGGACUAGUUCUGCACUGGGAUCCUCUAGUUGGCACCUUGCUAUCAAGAAUAGACUUUUUCCACGGACAGGACAUUCAUGCUUUUGAGGUGUCGUGGAGAACUGGGCUCAUAGGUAUUGCACGUGAUACCCCGACAAUCUGUUUAUAUAAACCCCAGAUUAGUGGUAUAGCGUCUAACCAUGCGGUAGGAGCUGUUCGUUUAGAGCAGAUCGGACGGAUUGAUGAUGCACAUCAUUCAGUUCUCACAGCCUUGCGAUUCUCUAACGACUCUCAGUGGAUUGUCAGUGCGGGUGAGGACGAGACGCUUAGUGUCUCAUCCGUGUGUCAGCUAAAGAGGGUGUUCGUAUGUGAAACGUUUAUCGUCCGGAGGCACUGUAUGACCUUUAUGAAUACUUUUACUUCUGUCUGUGUUCUCGCAUCGCCACCUGAAUCUUCGGCUAUUAUCGUUGUUGCAUGUGCUACCGAUGGCACAGUUGUUCAGUGGGUUGUUAACCCUGAGACAUUUAAGUGCACCUAUACCAAAAAGCUGCAGCUGCAUCUCGGGGCUCUUGUAUCCAUGGAUGUAGUCCGCAGCCAUUCCGACUGUCAGUGA